AUGCGCCCCCCGCCGCGCCCCCCGCUGCGCGCCGCGCUCCUGGCCGCGCUGGGCCUGCUGCUCGCCCGCGCCGCCGCGCCGGCCCGCGGGGCCCUGCGCCGGGCCAGCAACUUCACCUGGGACAACUGUGAUGAGGGGAAGGACCCGGCGGUGGUCACCAGCAUGACCGUGGAGCCAGACCCCAUCGCCGUUCCUGGAAACUUGACUGUCAGCGCUGAGGCCAAGACCAGCGUCCCCCUGCUCACUCCUCUGAAGGUGGAGCUGACCGUGGAGAAGGAGGUGGCGGGCAUCUGGGUGAAAAUCCCGUGCGUGGAGCAGAUGGGCAGCUGCACCUACGAGAACAUCUGCGACAUGCUGGACACGCUCAUCCCCCCCGGGCACCCCUGCCCGGGGCUCCUGCACACCUACGGGCUGCCCUGCCACUGCCCCUUCAAAGCCGGCACCUAUGCGCUGCCCAGGAGCGAUUUCACACUGCCCGACUUGGAGCUGCCCGGCUGGCUCAGUAGCGGCCACUACCGCGUCCAGGGCGUCCUCAGCAGCGGCCAGCGACUGGGCUGCGUCAAGGUCUCCUUCUCCCUGAAGGGCAAAUGAUGGUGCCACGGCAGGCCCCAUGGGGUGGGCACCACCUGGUCCCAGGUGCAUGGCCAGGCCGCACGCGACUCUGCCCCUCGGGCCCCCACUUCAGUGCCACCAGCCCCUCGCUGCCUCCCCGCCGCAGCCCUGCCGGGCCAGCAGCCGCCCUCCACGCUGCUGCUCCCUCCUUCGCUCUCUCCUGCCCAGCAAGGGUGGGCCUGCGUGCCAUGAUCUGGCUCACGCUGGCCGUCCCCAGCCUGCUGUGGCCCUCUGCUGCCCACCACUGUGGGGCGGCCACUAACGCCAGCGCACUAACCCCUCCCCGUCUCACCAGCCCCGCCCCGGGUGAGGGGCCUCGGAUCGAGUCUCCUCCCUGAUCUUCUGCGACGAGUUCACGCUUCUGUCCUGGACUGACCUGGCUGACAGCAGCCGCUGCACCCCAGCAGGCGGGGUGAGGGGGACGGGGGCGCCUCUGCCCUCUGACCUUUACACGGAUCCUCUGCCUGGCACCAGGCGGCCCAGCCGUCUCCCUGGGGACUGGGCUGGCUGGGGCACCGGGGCCACCUGCUCCAGGACAGCUGCUGGGGCUCUGUACCCCGCUGGUGCCACAUGAUGGUGUUGGGGUUCCUUUUGCCAAAUAUUCUCAAUGUUUUUCCCUGGAGGUACCAGAAAUCCAGACUUUUAUAUGUAAUCUUAAAAAUCUUACAUCUUUGCAUAUUGGCAACUGGUUGUUUUUGGAAACACCGUCCUGGCCCGAGAGACAGAAGCCUCGUGGCGGGGCGGCGUGUGCGCCCACCUCCCAGCAGCCUCUGCUGCGCCCGCGGGCCUGGAGGUGGCAUCUGGCGCUCUGAGGGGCAGGUAGCUGGAGAGCCGUGGCCAGCACCCAGCCCCGCGCAGCCUGCGUGGCAAUAAACCUGACCUGCUGAGAGCCGCCUCUGGGAUUCCGGGAGCGACUGUGGGG